AUGCUCUCAAACGCAGGCUCAAAAGCCGAGGGCAUAGAGAAACAGCUGGGAGCUGAGCAGCCAGCGGAAGAGGCGCCAAAACUGGAGGAACCGAAAGCAGAUAGCAUUCCUCCAAGCUCAGGUUCCCUUGUGACAUCUGAGCCUAAGGAAAACGAAAGCACUUCUCCUGAUUCUGCUAAUAAGGAGAAGAACGAGAGUGAGGGUGGUAUGGAGAACAAAAAGGAAGGCACAGACAGUCCUGUUGAUGAGCAUCCGGGGACUGAAGCAAAAGAAAACGAUGAGAAGUCCAUUGAUGCUAGUGACAAUGACAAAAAGUCUGAUGAUGCUGACGGUAAAGACAACAAGGACAAAUCACCCAAUGCUAAAGAUGCCAAAGAUGCCAAAGAAGACGGUGCUGAUAUAAAAGACGCGACCGAUUCCAAAGACACUGACAAGUCUGAUACCAACGGAAAGAACAUGGGUGCCAAUGACACAACUGAAGCACCCCCUCCGGUCCCUACAGUCUCAGACCCCAAGGAUCUUGGCGUCGAUACAUUUCUUGCUUCUCCUGCUGAUAAAGCCGCCAGUUUCACUGACACGGACAGACCCUGGGAGCCAGCUGACGGAUAUACCACCACGGCUGGAUUGGAUAAGUUUUCUCAAUCACAUGAAGCCUACACGCUCAAUGAGGCGCAAUGGAUAGAGGUGCUCGAGAAUUGCGGUGCCAUGUAUGGUUGGUGUAUCGACGGGCCGAUGAAACAAAUCGUUCGCGCUCCGAAAGCUGCCUUUCAACUCAAGACUGUUCAGCCACCAGGAAUACCCUUGAACCCGCCCACGACUACCCCAGCAGGCAAGGACUCAUCCAGCGGAAGCACAUCAGCAUCUAGUACCGCGUCAUUUUCACCAGGAACGUUGACUCCUGCAAGUUCCACUACGUCUCAUGCCAGCUCAGAACAAGGAAUCAAUGGAGUAGGCUCUUCAACUACAAUCACUGGUGGUGUCAAAGAUGCCCAAGCCUCUACCACCCUGGGUUCCAUGCAAGAGAAGUCUCAUAACGCAGAUUCAAAGACCACACCCUCUACUCAAGUAUCAAAAGCAACAAUACAGGGAGCCAAGCCAUCAGCAUCGAGUGCAACUCAUGCCUCUCUGAAAGGCAAAACGCCCAAGAGGGUUCUACCCGACUUCAGCGUCAACGACAACUCCCGCAUUAAUGUUGUAGUUAGCUCCCAUGAGUUCCAAACAAGUAUGGCCACCAAUGAUUUCAGCGCUUCUUCUACCUCCGCAUCCUUAGGAGGGAGUUAUGGUCCAAUUUCUGCAAGCGUCAGUGCCUCGGAAGAAAGCAUGCACAGUUCAUCCACUUCAAACACCUCCGAUACAUAUCACAAGACUAUGAUUGCAAAAUAUUUGUUCCCCCGAGUUGACUUGAGCCUGGAUGAAUGCUUGGAACCUACGGAAGGCCUUACAAAAGCAAUUCAAAAGGUUGAAGCUACGAAGAAUAUCAAAGACCUACGUCAGCUUCGUCGGGAUUAUGGAUACUUGUUCUGCAAGACUCUGACUAUUGGAGGUCGUCUUCAAACACAAUCCAUCAUGGCGGACACAGAGAAGACCUCGGAGCAAGAACAAAAACAAUCUAUGAAGACUUCUGUUGGACUCGCUGUUUCUUCCCCCAAAGCAUCAGCAUCAGUCAGUCACACACAAGAAUCUGGUUCUGCAAACUCUCAGUCUCAGGCCACGUCCGAUAAAUCUGAAUCACAUGCUUUUGAAGCCAUGGGCGGUGAUUCCCUACUUGCUUCUAACCCAGUGGCUUGGAUUCCAACAGUGGGCAACUACAACAACUGGCGUAUCAUCAACCGAGAUGGCCUCAUCCUAAUGUCCGACAUGAUCUCUGGACUCAGCGGUUACGAGCAUACAAGAUCAUGGUUCGAACAAGCCGUUCCGGGUUUGAGCAAGUACAUCGAGUUCUCGGACAAGCUUGUCAAGAAAAUUCGGUUGAGGCUAAUGUCACCGAACCACAAUUUGUGUCUUUCAUAUAAGAGUGGUUCACAAGAAGAAGAUUACGCGCUUCCACCGAACUACUAUUUCGGUCACCGACCGAUGUCGACAGUGAUGCCAAUAGCGAUGGAGCUUGUGCAUCCUGAUGUGCACUGGGGUGCAAUUGAGAUGCCCAAUGGCAAGGCAGAAUUUCUAUUCAGCCCGGGAAGUUACCGUGCUCCAGCGAUCUACGGUUGUGCUGCAAACAAAGCUGGUGACAAUUAUUAUGGCACCACUUACGACGACGGGUACAAAAGCACGAUUUGGAGUAUUACAUCGCCGUAUGAUGAUGCUCUAUGUCACGAGUCACGAGUCAUUAUACAAACAGUAUCGCCUGGGAACACGUCAACCCCAGAAAUUACUGGAAACUCGGCAAAUAAUACCCCAACAGUGUCCACAUCGGCUUCGAUGGUUUCUUCGCUUGUUGUAUUCCGCAAUCAGCAAGGUGUCUUUUUACCCGCCAUGUCCGAUGCCAAGGAUGUGCAUAUUUGGCGGGUACUGAAACAUGGAGCUGCUCCGGGCCAAAAGGUGAACAUUGCGGAAGGAGAUCAGAUUCAACUCGCAUGGUGUUAUCAGGACCAAUACUGUGGCUACCGAGACUUCACCGAAGACGCCUUUGGGCGACGUCGAAAUGGUCCUCCUCCUGAAGCAAAGAGCUCUACACUCUACAUGAGAUUACCCUGGCCACGCUUCGAGCCAGUAGAAAGUAUCUCUCAACAGGCCAAACCUCUUCCAAAUACCCUGAUGAUGAGCGACGUGUCACAAGAACAAGACAGCUGGAAACCUUCUCUAGUUGAAAACAUCAAUGUGAUCAAAGGAUCUCAGCAGGUUCAAAAGGAUAUUCUUGUUGAAGAUUGUAUCUUUCGACUAGACAUUGUCAAACAUCACGGCCGAGGUGAUGUCAAUGACUACCUGUUGCGAGACGUGAAACAGGAAGCGAAAUUUCCCGAUGAGAUCACAAGUGAAGAACUCGAGAAGCAGAUUGAAGCAGAAAUAAAGGCCCGUAAAGAACAGGAAAGACAAGAACGAGAAGCGCGAGCAGAGGCCGAGAGACACAGUGAGGGCAUUGGCAUGACAGUGGUGCACACGCUCUUUCCACUUACAAAUCUUUUUUCUUAG